AUGGAAUUUGGAUAUGAAAGACCAAAGGAUGAUAAACGAGAAGAUCUUCCAUUCAAGAAGUUAUCCAAAGAAGAUAAAUCCGAAUUUGCAGCUGAACAGAGAAUGAUUGCUUUGAUCCAGUCGGCAAUUAGAAUGAUAUUUUUGCAUUGCUUAACCAUGAUGGAAAUCAAAAAUGAAAACAAAGGAGAAAAUGUUGUUAAUGAGGUCAAAGAGAAAACCAGGGAAGAGAUUCUUAGUGCGAAAACUUAUCGAGAAAGAAACAUUGCUUUGAACAGAAUGGAUGAGAUGCAAGAAGAGUAUGAGAGUGCUGUCAGCAACAAGAGAUGGGAUAAAAAGAGAGAGUGCUACUUCAACAGAGAAGUCGAAUACUAUAUAAAUGUGUUGAAAGAUGACACAUAUGCAAAAAGACAUGAAAAGGAAAUCAGAUAUGCCAUGACAUCGUGUCUGAGAAAAAGGGAUGAAGAGAGAAUGAAGAAGAAUGUAAGAAAUGGUGAAAAUUUGAAGAAAGUUGCUGAAGAGGUUAAAGGUGAAGCUGUUGAAGUUGAGGUUGUGAAGGAAAUCAAAGUUGUGAAAGAGGAAGAUUUGAAAGUUGUUGAGACAGAAAAGACUGAAGAAAAAGUUGAGGUGAAUGAAGAAGUUGAGAAAGUUGUUACUGAAAAACAGCAAGUUGUAGAAGAUGAGAAGAAAAGUGAAAGUUUGACUGAGGUAAAGAUUGAGAAUUUGAAGUCUGCUAGUGAUGAAGGUGCUGGUGAUGCUGGUGAUGAGAAGAAGGAAGAGCUGAAGUAG